UGUUGUGCUCACUAUCUUUUUUAUAACCAUUUUGCAUUAUUGUAUUUACUUCUAUGUUGAGAGAUGGCUUGCAUGAAAUUGGGAUCUAAGUCUGAAAUAUUUUACCUAUAUGGCCAAAGUUGGCUCUGCUCUACUGGACUUCCAAGUGAUGUCAUUAUUGAAAUUGGUGAGGCGUCAUUCCAUCUCCACAAGUUUCCACUGAUAUCAAGAAGUAAAGAACUAGAACGUUUUAUGAAAGAUUUACCAAGCGACAAUGAGAAAUCGAUUUUGGAACUUCAUGAUCUACCAGGAGGAGCCAAAGCCUUUCUUCUUGUUGCUAGGUUCUGUUAUGGUGUCAAAAUGGAACUAACUCCAUCCAAUGUGGUUCCACUAAGAUGUGCAGCUGAGUAUCUACAAAUGACUGAAGACUAUGGAGAAGGAAACCUAAUCAUACAAACUGAAAAUUUCCUUAACCACAUUUUCGGUUAUUGGACAGACACACUUAAAGCUCUCAAAACAUGUGAAGGUGUUUUACCUUUAGCUGAAGAGCUUCACAUAACAUCAAGAUGCAUACAUUCUUUGGUUUUGAAAGCUGCAGAUCCAACUUUGGCUAUUUUACCUCUCUCUGGUCCAAGUUCUGUUCAAAGUCCAGAGGAUUCAGAAAUGUGGAAUGGAAUAUCCACAAGCCUGACAUCAAAAGAAUCCGGUGAAGAUUGGUGGUUUGAGGAUGUUUCUUCGCUUAGUUUACCUUUAUAUAAGAGAUUCAUGCAAGGUGGUAUCGCAAGACACAUGAAACCGAGAAGAGUUUCUGGUUCACUUGUUUACUAUGCAAAGAAAAACAUACCUUCUUUGUCAAGUUAUCAAAACGGAAACUUGUCAAAAUCAAAUCUUUCUGAAGCUGAUCAAAGGAAUCUGAUUGAAGAAACAGUUGAGUUGCUUCCAAAUGAAAAGGGUAUAACACCAACAAAGUUUUUGCUCAAGUGUCUGAGAACGGCUAUGGCUUUAUAUGCUAGCUCUUCUUGCUGUUCAAGUUUGGAAAAAAGAAUUGGUUUUCAAUUAGAUGAAGCUGAUCUUGAAGAUCUUUUGAUUCCAAAUAUUGGUUACUCAAUGGAGACAAUUCAUGAUAUAGAUUGUGUUCAAAGAAUGCUUGAUCAUUUCAUGAUUGUUGAUCAUGAUGAUGUUGAUUCUACAUCGAAUAAUGAUAUUGUUGAAGAAGAGAGACGCAUAGUUGCAAACUGUCAACGUCUUAAUCCAAUGGCAAAAGUUUCUGAAUUGAUGGAUAAUUAUUUAGCAGAAGUAGCACCUGAUGUUAACUUGAAGUUGCCAAAAUUUCAAUCACUUGCUGCUGUUAUUCCUGAUUGUGCUAGGACAUUGGAUGAUGGUAUUUAUCGCGCAAUCGAUAUAUUCCUCAAGAGCCAUGCAUGGAUGACAGAAUCUGAGAAGGAACAAAUCUGCAGGCUGAUGAAUUGCCAAAAACUCUCAUUGGAAGCGAGCACACACGCAGCUCAAAACGAGAGGCUACCACUUCGCAUUGUUGUCCAAGUUUUAUUCUUCGAACAACUCAAGCUACGCACAUCUGUUGCAGGUUGGUUCUUUGCUUCUGACACUCUCGAAAACCCAACAAACCUAAGUGGAAACCUUGCUCUAAUGAGAAGCGACGGAAACGGAAUCGGAAACAACACUACACAUAAUAACCCUGUUGUAGCUUUUGAUCACAUGAAAGACAGAGUUUCUGAGCUUGAGAAAGAGUGUUUGAGCAUGAAACAAGAUUUGGAGAAAAUGAUGAAGUCUAAGGGAAGCUGGAACAUGCUCUUAAAGAAAUUGGGGUGUAGACUAAUUCCUAAGACUUCUCUUCCUAAGGUUUCAAAGCCAUGCAGGAAGUCCAAAAUAGCACCAGCUUCAGUAACUGAGUUGGAAGAGAAUGCUGUGGUAGUUACCUGAUCAAAGACUUGAUGAAGUUGGAAUUUUUUAUAUGCUUUUUAUCUUAAGAAUUCUAAGUUCUAUUUGACUAUUUUCUCUGAGUAAUAAUGUAACUAAAUAAUUAAUAGUUGCUUCCUUUAUGCUAAUUGGAUUAUGUUAUAAUUCUGAUGCAGUUCAAGUUUUUGUUUGGUGAAAGGAUUACUUGCUUCUGCCUCUGAUAUUUACAAGUCAGACCGAUUUUCAUAUGCUUACAUUUCCGCUCUGCCCUCAUUUUUUUCCGGGGCGGACUAAGGUUUUAAGCAUGCACCCAGCACAAUGUUCACCCCGCCCGUCACGUUUUUUCGCGGGCUUUUGCGAAGCAGGUCUAAACCGGGCGGACAUGCCCAUUUGCCAUGCCUACAAUCAAAUUUCACACACUUCACUCUAAU